UUUAAUUGAAUUUUUUUGCAUCCAACUUCACACUUAAGCCGCAUAAUCAUUACGUAUUUUGAGAGCUGAUAUAGCAAGGCUUGUGUGUGAAAAAGUCCAAUUGAUUCUACGUAGUAGUUUUUGGUUAGUGCCCUUUUAAAUAUGGAGAGCAAUCAGCAGCAUUUUCGUCAUAUUUUACUUUUUUACUAUAGAAAAGCUGUUCGAGCUAGAAAGAAAUUAACCGAUGUGUAUGGAGAAAAUGUGUUGACAGUACGCCAGUGCCAGAAGUGGUUUGCAAAAUUUCGAUCCGGCAAUUUUGAUGUCGAAGGUGCAUCACGUUCUGGAAAGCCGGUUGAAGCUGAUAAAGACACGAUAAAGGCAUUAGUUGAUGCAAACCGGCGAAUAACAACACGUGAGAUCGGUGAGAGGUUGAAUUUACCAAAUUCAACUGUUUAUGACCACUUGGAAGGCCUGGGUUUAACCCCGAAGCUCGAUAUAUGGGUUCCCUAUGUUCUCACCGAGAGAAAUUUGUGUUGUCGCAUUGACGUCUGCGAUUCGCUUCUCCAACGUCACGAAAAUGAUCCAUUUUUGAAGCGUAUCAUUACUGGGAACGAAAAAUGA